AUGCAUCACAUAAACUAUACCAGGCCAACAGAGUUCAUAUUUAUUGGAUUCACAGAUUAUCUGCCAUUCAGAUUCAUUCUGUUCUUGGUGUUUCUCAUAGUGUAUACAUUGACUGUGGUUGGAAAUAUGGGCCUAAUAACCUUAGUUAAUAUUGACAUAAGGCUUCAAACCCCCAUGUAUCACUUUCUUAGCAAUUUGUCUUUCUUAGAUAUAAGCUAUUCUACAGCCAUUGCUCCCAAAAUGCUGGUAAAUUUCUUAGCUUCCAGGAAAAGCAUCUCUUUCUAUGGAUGUGCUGUACAGAUGUUUUUCUUUGCAUGCUUUGCAGAUGCAGAGUGUCUUAUCCUGGCUGCAAUGGCGUAUGACCGCUAUGCAGCCAUUUGUAACCCACUACUUUAUUCUACAUUGGUAUCUCGAAGGGUCUGUUUCAGUCUUGUAAUGUUGGCAUAUUUCAGUGGAAGUGUGACCUCAUUGGUGCAUGUGUCCCUCACAUUUAUGCUUCCAUACUGUGGUUCCAAUAUUGUCAACCACUUUUUUUGUGAUAUCCCACCACUGCUUGCUUUAUCAUGUGCAGAUACCUAUAUUAAUGAGCUUCUUCUCUUUGCCUUGUGUGGCACCAUCCAGAUGAGCACCUUCAUGGUCAUCCUUAUCUCUUACUUCUACAUCCUCAUCACUGUUUUGAGCAUCAAGUUUUCAGGAGGGAGGGGCAAAACCUUCUCCACCUGUGCUUCCCAUCUCAUAGCUGUCACCUUGUUCUAUGGAACACUACUGUUUAUGUACUUGCGUCCCACCACUAGCUAUUCCCCAGACACUGAUAAGGUAGUUGCUCUGUUUUACACUGUUGUCUUUCCUAUGUUGAAUCCAAUUAUUUACAGCUUCAGAAACAAGGAUGUGAAAAAUGCAAUCAAAAAAUUACUUGAAAAAAAGGGGAUCUUCAAAUGA